AUGGCGCCUCGACUCAACCUCUUCACAGCCAAUAAGGCCGUCUCGGCCCUGCGCCAAUCCACGACUCCCGCACUGUCUUCUCCCCGGAGCAUCGCCAUCCCCGUCCGAUUCCGCGCCGUGCAGUCACUACCCAUCCAGCGUCGAUGGAACUCCUCGAGCGAUAAGAAGGUCGCGCCCCAGCCUGACGAGCAGACUUUCCCGACUGCCGAUCAGCUGCCCGAUGUUACCGAGGAGGCCAACGAGAUCUCCCGAAUUAUGGAUAAGGAAAAGCGCUGUGAUGGCGUUCCUUCUUCUCCGGAGUUGGAGCAGGGAUCACCUGUUGAGGAGAUCCUCAGCCGCGAUAAGGAUGCCAUGAAGCACAUGCCGAAGGUUAUGCGGGACGCAUUGAAGAAGUCCGGUGGCUCGCGCUCGUUCUCGACUUCCGCCAGGAGCCUUAUGAACGAUCUGCAUGGCGUUCAGCCUAACAAUGAGUCCGACAUUAUUUCGAGUAUGCCUGGACUCGAGGGUGCUAGUGACGAGGCUGCUGCUGCUCUUGCUAGCAUGAUUGAGCAGGUGCAGGGUCAGGCUCUUGAGGAGAACCCUGGGCUUAAGUUCGAUGCGCCUGUUGUCCCGGAGGACUUGAAGACAUUGAACUUCCGCAAGCGUUACGAUACCAUGCAGGAUCAGUUCACUAAGAUGAUGAUGGAAAGUGGGAAAUUGACCAAGGCGCAGAAGAACAUGUCUCUUAUUCUGGAUCAUCUCCGCACUUCCUCCCCUCCCCAGAUCAACCCUCGUCGCCGUCUCCUUGGAGCUCCCCCAGCUUCCCAGCUUCCCCUCGACCCCGUCCUCUACCUCACUCUCGUCGUCGACUCCGUGGCACCUCUUUUCCGAAUUCGUCAGCAGAAGGGUAUCGCUGGUGGUGGUACUGCCGUGCAGAUCCCCCACCCCUUAACUCUGCGCCAGCGUCGCCGUACCGCGAUCAAGUGGAUUAUUGAUGCGUCGGAGAAGCGACGCGAUGCGCUGUUUGCGAACCGUGUUGCGGCCGAGGUGGUCGCCGUUGCAGAGGGUCGUAGCGGUGUCUGGGAGAAGAGAGACCAGCAGCACAAGAUUGUCUCGAGGCCGACUCCCCUCCGGCCUCCUCCCUCGACGGUGGCUCCUACCGUGCGCAACGAAUCCAUUGAACUCGUCGACUACCGCCCUUCCUCCCACACCGCAAGCACCAGCGCAUCUGGCCGCGCUCGCUUAGACCAAUCCCAAGAAAGCACUAGGCGGUCUGACCCUGCCGCAGCCUCGCAGCCAUUUGCGGGCCUUGAUAUCGGUGCCGGAGAAUCGAAGGAGAGAUUAGAGCUCGAGCAGUCUCGCCCGCAGGGCUCUCGUCUUAGGUUCUGGGCUGAGGCUCUCCGACGUCGCGCUCAUAACGCAUCGCACGGGAACGUCAAUCCGGACUCCGAAGCCAAGAUGAAGUUCUCGCAUAGUGUGCAGUUUAACGCUGUGCCCGAAUGGAGCUCCAAUUACAUCGCGUAUAGCAAUUUGAAGAAAUUGAUCUACACCCUUGAGAAACAGGUCAAUCGCGUCGAGGGUCCGUCGGCCCCAGAUGUAGAGUCUGCUCCGUUGCUGGGCGGUGUUCACCCGAGUGACCCAGAUGCGGUCUUUAAACGGGCUCUUGAUAUCGAGAUGAAUAAGAUCUGUUCCUUCUAUCAGAAGAAGGAGGCGGAGAUUUUCCAACUCGUCGAUGAGCUUAUCAAAGAUGCUGAUGUGUAUAUUUCCGAGACGGACGGUGUUAAUAUGGACCCCGUGAGCGAGACAAUCAUCAAGGCAAGCUCCCGCCGCAAUGGUAAUACCUUGCUUUCACGCCGGCGGUCUAGUGGUGUGAGCAAUGACUCUAUGGCGGACGAUGAAAGAGAAGGCGGCGACAGUGACGACGACCGGUCCCCGAUGAACCUCACACAGCGCCGGAGAUUGAUGCAGUCGACCGAUGGCGAGUCUGGCACGGAGGAUCUGGCAGACUCUUCCUACUUCGGACAAUCGACCACGCGAGAGCCGCACGAGUCGUAUCUCAACGACGAGGACUUCCUCGCUCUUUACAAUACCGGCAUAUCACUGAAGAAGCGCCUGAUCGAGUCCUACGUCUCGCUCUGCGAACUUCGCUCCUUCAUCGAGCUGAACAAGACUGGUUUCGCCAAGGCCCUGAAGAAGUACGACAAAACCCUGUACCGCAACCUGCGCCGAGACUAUCUAGCCUCUGUUGUCCAUCCCGCGCCACCUUUCACCGAAAGCACCAUGGCUGCAAUCGAUCGGCAUAUCGAGAACGUGGAGGGUGUGUACGCGAGCAUCGUCACGAAAAACAAUAGGCAGUUUGCCAGGCGCGAGCUGCGUCUGCAUCUGCGUGAACAUGUCGUCUGGGAGCGGAACACUGUCUGGCGUGAGAUGAUCGAGAUCGAACGCCGUGCGCAGGCCGCUAAUGUUGGUAUCCGUCGGACCCUCCUGGGUGGCGAUGAGGACCCGGCCACUGCACGUCGCCAGGGUGACAAGAAUGAGAUACCUACUAAGGAGGUAUCGACGCCGCUUGGUCGGUUCCAGUUCCCGUUGUGGCUCUGCAGCUUGAGCUUUGGUACUUUGAUAUUUAGCGUCGCCAUCUUCGGCGCAGUGCUGUCUGUGAAGAUUAUGGACACUCCCGAGGAGCAGAACUGCUUGGCUAUGCUGGUCCUCGUUAGUAUUUUGUGGGCUACUGAGGCUAUUCCACUGUUUGUCACUUCGCUUCUUAUCCCAUUCCUGGUUGUGACUCUAGGCAUCAUGCGGUCAGACGAGGAGCCUCCCACUCGAUUGGGACCCAAGGAAUCAGUCGGCAAGGUGUUCUCGGCGAUGUGGACUCCUGUGAUUAUGCUGCUUCUAGGUGGCUUCUCGAUCGCAGCGGCGCUGUCCAAGUACGAUAUCGCACGGCGCAUGGCCAUGUUCGUGCUGAGCAAAGCUGGAUCGAAGCCAUCCGUGGUGCUCUUGACCAACAUGUUUGUGAGCAUGUUCCUGAGCAUGUGGAUCAGUAAUGUUGCAUCUCCCGUGCUCUGCUACUCGAUCAUCCAGCCUUUGCUACGUAAUAUGCCUCCCGAGUCAGACUUUGCCAAGGCACUUGUGCUGGGUAUCGCGUUAGCUGCCAAUGUCGGUGGUGCAGCGUCCCCAAUUGCCUCCCCCCAGAACAUCAUUGCCCUGCAGAACAUGAACCCGAACAUCAGCUGGGGCACAUGGUUCUUCAUCGCACUGCCCGUCUGUAUCAUCUCCAUUCUCCUCAUUUGGGCUCUGCUGCUGGUGACAUUCCGUCCCGGCCGCAACACAACCGUGAUGCCCUUCCGCCCCGUCAAGGACCGCUGGACCGGCAUGCAGUACUUCGUCAGCAUUGUCACCAUCGUAACGAUCAUCCUCUGGUGCGUCAGCCACCAGCUCGAGCACAUAUUCGGUGACAUGGGUGUCAUCGCCAUCAUCCCUCUCGUCCUCUUCUUCGGCACCGGAAUCCUCAACAAAGAGGACUUCAACAACUUCCUCUGGACGAUCAUCAUCCUCGCCGCCGGUGGUCUGUGUCUUGGCAAGGCCGUGACCUCAUCAGGCUUGCUGCAAACAAUCGCGAUUGGAAUCACCGCCCGCGUCGAGCAUCUCAGUCUCUACGGUGUCCUCAUAGUCUUCUGUUCUCUCAUCCUCGUCAUGGCAACCUUCAUCUCGCACACCGUCGCAGCCCUUAUCAUCCUGCCGCUUGUCCGCCAGAUCGGCGUUAGCAUGGAAGACCCUCACCCCAACUUGUUGGUCAUGGCCAGUGCAUUGAUGUGCUCUGUUGCGAUGGCAUUGCCAACAAGUGGGUUCCCUAAUAUGACUGCUAUCAUGACCGAAGUACCCACUACAGGCCAGCGAUACCUCCAAGUCCGCCAUUUCCUCACCCGCGGCAUCCCGGCCAGUCUCAUGUCCUUUGUGGUGAUUGUCACACUUGGAUAUGGACUGAUGUAUGUUGCGGGAUUGUAG